AUGGAAGAGAGUAAGACAAAGCUCAACUCCUUCCAGUCACCCGGCCCCCUGCCCAGCUGGGGGCAAGACCAGGCCCUCAGCGGGCACUUGGUGGGGGCAGUGGGUGCCUCAGCCUGGCCACAGUCAGACACUGAGGAGGAGGAGGAGAGACCCUUUGUCAUCAUGGAAGAAGAGAAGAAACCUGACAGAGAUGACAAGUGGGGAGAUGCUGGGGCCCGAGAGCUUGGCCUGAGGGAAGAGGGGACAAGCUGUGAAUUCUCCCAGUCAGUGCCAGCAAUGGCAGCCAAGGAAGUGCCCCCACGUAGAGCAAGGAGUGCCCACGAGCUGCAGCAGUGGAAGGCGGCUAGCGCCAUUGAAGCGGGGCCUACAACUCCCGUCGUGCCCUGCGGCACGACACACCCUCAGUCUGCGCCUACAAUUCCCAUGCUGCCUAGAGCCUACAACUCCCAUCAUCCCCCGCGCCCCACAGAGGCCAGCCCCGCGCCUCCCAUUGCCCAUCAUUACAUGCCCCGCCCCUCCCGCACUACAACUCCCGUGCUGCCCCGCGGCGCUUUUCCCGUGGUUUUUCGGUCCCCUCAGCGCCCCCCGGCCAUGAUGGCGCAGGCGCUGGAGCGCUGGCUCCGAGAGGAGAUGGAGCUGCCGCCCUCCGCCAUCCCCUCCCCGGCCGCGCUCCGCAGGCUCUGCUCCGGCCCCGCAGCCCCCAUUUGGGAUUACGUCAUCCGCCACGUCCGGAACCAGCGGAACGUGAAGAAGAUCCGAGGAAAUCUGCGCUGGUACGGGCACCUGCAGGAGCUGGAGGCUGCUCCAGCUCCGCCGGGCCAGCAGGGGGCGCUGUGCGCGGCCGUGGAGCGGCUCCGGAACGAGGUGCGGGACCUGGGGGACGCCAUUGCGGACGCACAGGAAACGGCGCAGCGCCUUGACGCCUCGCUGGAGGAGGCGCAGAGCCGGCGGUGGGCGGAGCUUGAGCGAGGGGCGGAGCUUCGGCUGCUGGGGGCGGAGCCGGGCCCGGCUGGGCUGCGGGACGGCCACGAGGGGGCGCUGCGGGCAAUCCGUAAAAGGCCGGGCCAAUCCCGGGAGGAGCUGUCGGCCAUCUUGGCCGCAGGGGCGGAGCCAGAAGUGCUGGUGUCAAUCAAGGCCCUGUGCAAGGCCAGGGAGGCGGAGCUCCAGAGGCCACGCCCACACAGAGCUGCCAAUCACCCCGGGAAGGCUCAGAAGGCUCCAGAUUGGUCGGAACAGGCUGAGGCUGUACUGAUUGGCCACAGCCCAGAGGCGGUGCUUUGGGCGCUGGAGGUCCUGGACAAUCAGAGCACAAGAGAUCUCCUGGCUGGCCCUGCCCCCUCAGCCGAGGCCCCGCCCACCCUGAAGAGCCUCCUGCAGGAGCGCUGGGGGGCCGUGGGGGAGGUGUGGGGGGCACUGCCCCCCCUCCUGUCCCACCUGUCCCACCUGAGGGGGCAGCUGGGGACGCACCUGGAGCAGGGGACAGGCAACAAUGAAGUCAUCAGGCAGUUCCUGCUCCGGGAGGGGCUCUUGGCCUACCGGGCCUCCCUGGGCCGGGCGCUGACCCAGCUGCAGCAGGAGCUCCAAAAUCCCCCAAAUCCACCCCAGGAACCCCCAAAACCCCAAAAUUUGGCCUCAAAACCUCAAAAUCCACAAAAUUCAGCCCCAAAAUCCCAAAAUUUGGACCCCAAAUCCUCACAUUUGGCCUCAAAAUCAGCUCCAAAAUCUGCUCUAAAACCCCAAAAUUUGGAUCUUAAAUCCCCAAAUUUGGACCCAAAAUCCCAAAAUUUGGAUCCUAAAUGCCCAAAUUUGGACCCAAAAUCCCAAAAUUUGGAUCUUAAAUCCCCAAAUUUGGACCCAAAAUCCCAAAUUUUGGAUCCUAAAUGCCCAAAUCUGGUCCCAAAUUCCACGGAUUUGACCCCAAACUCGGCCCUGGAGCAGCUCCGGCAGCAGCUGUGGAGGGGGAGGGGCCGAGUGCUCCAUUUGCAGCAGCGCCUGCGGUUCCUGAGCACCGCCACCAGGGGGCGCCGAGCGGCGCUGAAACCGUUGCAGGAGCAGGUUGUGGGCGUGGCACGGGCGGGGCCGGGCUCGGCCCUUCCCCCUCUGGAUGGGGAGAGGCUGCGGCGCCGGCAGCUGGCACUGGGAGCACUGGGAGCACUGGGAACGGAGCCCCGCCCCCUGGCACAGACCACGCCCCCUCUGCAGGGGCUGGCGCAGGAGAUGGGCGUGGCACAGGGCUCGCUGCUGUCCCAGGCGGCCAUCUUGCGUCAGCAGCUCCGCCAGGGGGCGCUGCGCCUGCGCCGGGGGGCGGGGCCUGCCCUGGAGGCGGAGCCAGAGCAGCUGGCCCCGCCCCCGCUCACCGUGGAGGAGGCCGAGCUGCUGGCCCGGCUGCGAUUGGUCAGAGAAGGCUGCGAGCAGCGAAUCAGGGUCUGGCCCCGCCUCCAGGAGCUCGUCAGCCAAUGGUGGGUCCAGCCGGCUCAGUGGGUCCUGGCCACGCCCCCUGGCUGCGCCCCCUUCUCCCAUUGGCUGCAGCGCUGGAGAGCUGCCACCCACGCCCUGCAGGCCACGCCCACCCCCGAGGAGGCCCCACCCACCCCCGAGGAGGCCCUGCCCACUGUUGGGAAGGGGGAGGAGUGA